CAUGAAUUAAACUUUUACCAAAAUCAGGCCGAAAACAACAGAUUCAAAGAUUCGAAAUUCCUCUCAUCAUUAAUUGAUAUCUCAAUUGUUUCAAUAAAUCAAUUCUUAUUAUGAUUAAGAUGAGAAACAAAGGCCAAAAACUUAAACUAGAUAAAGAAAAAUGAUUCCUUUGAAUUAUUCAGCAUCCGAGACUUAUGACCCUACAGACAAUUUAGUAGAUAGAUUAUGUCCAUCUAUAUAAUAAGAUGCUAAAUUUGUUUUCAUUAAAACUAGAGAGAGAGCAUUGCGAUAACCAUCUUCAGGUUUAAGAAGAAAAAAAAAGAAUGAAGAACCUAAAUUUUAACUUAAUCCAAUAAAGAAAACCACCAUAAUUUAAGAAAUUACAGAAUAGCCUGCUCCACCUAAAAAGACUAUAGAAUAAAAGACUGAUCAUUCAUUUUAUAUUGUCAAGUAGUUGCAUAUUAAUAUUUAGUUCUAUUAAUAUGCUCAAAACAAUGAAAUAAGAUAAAAUGAAAUUAUUUAAUUGCAGUUUUAAUUGA